AUGUACUCCUCCGGCCACCACGCGGCCAUGGGUCCUCCCUCUCGACGGCAGCAUCAGCACCAGCGGCAGCGGCAGCAGCAGCCGAGUGAUACCUCAUCGGCAGAUGAAAUGGACACCUCCCCGGACAUCUCUCCCCGCAGCGGCGACGGCCUCGGCGGGGCGAAGCGUUGGCCUCCCGCGGAGGAACACGGGGGCGCCGCAGCUGGGGUGUUUGAGAACGGGGAGUACCUGCCCUCCGCGAUGGACACGACGCAACCCUGUUACCACGCCGUCUGUGAUAGGGAUAAGCUGGGCGUCCGCUACCGAGGGCAAGGCCACCACGAGCAAGACUGGGGAACCGUGCGCGCGAACCACCCCCUCCCCCGGCACCAGCGGAUGUGGUACUUUGAGGCCACCAUCGCCGCCCAGGGCGAGAACUGCUGCAUCACGCUCGGCCUCAUCCCCGCGUCCUUCCCCGUGAACCGGCAGCCUGGCACCGAGGGCGGUUCGUACGGCCUGGAGGGCAACGGGAAAGUAUUUUCGGGGAGUGGCGUGGGGCAGACCUUCGGAGCCCCGUUCUGCACCGGGGACACGGUUGGCCUAGGCGUCAACUUCAAGAAGAUGGAGGUGUUCCUGACGCACAACGGCCGGCUCCUGGGAGCAGCCUUUCCGACCAUCCGGUGCGCCCUAGACGUGCACGGCCUGUACCCCUGCGUGGGCCUUCACAGCAGGGGCGAGGCUGUGCACCUGAACUUCGGGCGGCGGCCGUACCUGUUCGACGUGUCGGCGAGCGUGGCCGGGGAGGACUACCGGGAGCAGGCGGCGGUGGCGGCGGUUCCCGUGUGCCCGGUGCUCCUGAGGUCUCUCGUCCGCGACUACCUCCUGCACCAGAACCCAAGAAGACAGGAGGAGGGGUGUACAGUUCCUGCACCAGGGCUGUGA